AUGUACUCUUCACUAGAGGGUGACAUUAAAACAGGACUCCUGCAGGACCCACAGGACACACUCUUCUCACACAAUGCCUCUCCCAUAUGUCUUAUAGGGCAUCUGGAGGUGGUGAAGCUGCUAGUGUCUCGGAGUGCAAACAAGGGCUGCAAGGACAAGCAGGGCUACACCCCUCUGCACGCUGCAGCUGCCAGCGGACACAUUGACAUCGUCAAGUACCUUCUGAGGCUCGGGGCAGAGGUGAGUGUGGAGUUCAAGUGGGUAAACGGACUCUCAAGAUAGCCAUAGCAAGUAAUACUUGUUACGAACCAUAGUCUGAUGAACCAUAGUCAUGAUCAGAAGAGCCAGAGGAUUAUCUCUGAUUACAAUGAAAUUAUGUUUCAUCUUCUUAUUUUUGGACCUUUUGUUGCUUAGCUAACUCCUCAUGUCUUGUGUGUUGGUGCUCUUUUAGCUGGAUGAGCCCAAUGCCUUUGGGAACACUGCGCUGCAUGUGGCCUGCUACACAGGCCAGGAGGCUGUGGCCAACGAGCUGGUGAACCACGGAGCUAACGUCAACCAGCCCAACAGGAGUGGCUACACCCCACUGCACCUGGCCGCUGUAUCCACCAACGGGGCCCUCUGCUUGGAGCUGCUGGUCAACAACGGGGCUGACGUUAACCAGCAGGUUUGGGGCCCAAUUCUAUUAAAAAAGGGUCUCUGAGUACGAUUGCUGAUCUCAGAUCCCUUCCCUCCUGUCCAGAUAAUCAAAUUCAUUAUGCUCUAAAAGGCUUAACUCAUCCUAGUUCCGUACUCCUUCUUUAAGACUAACUAAUGCCAUCCCUAGCAGCAUUUCACCCUGAACGGUUGUUUUAUUGUGUGGUGAUUUUAAAGGAUCAUUUGUUGUCUGCAAGACUAGUAAGACAUCAUUUUUUUUUUCAUCUCCAGAGUAAAGAAGGGAAGAGCCCCCUGCACAUGGCAGCCAUUCACGGACGCUUUACCCGCUCUCAGAUCCUCAUCCAAAACGGUAACCAUGACAACCCCUCUGACUGACCUGUGAGGAUGCUUUAAAUGACUCUUGUCCCACUGGUUCUCUAUUCAUUCUUCUCUUCCUGUUGGUUUGUUUUUCCCAGGUGGAGAGAUUGACAGUGUGGAUAAAUAUGGCAAUACCCCCCUCCAUGUUGCUGCUAAAUACGGUCAUGAGCUGCUGAUCAGCACUCUGAUGACCAACGGUGCAGAUACUGCCAGACAAGGGAUUCAUGGGAUGUUCCCGCUGCACCUGGCUGUGCUCUAUGGGUUUUCAGACUGUUGUCGCAAGCUACUCUCCUCUGGUUGGUACUUAUAUACAUUAUAUCAUUCAUUCACACCUGUUGGAUUUUAUUUCACAAGGUCUAUACACUGGAGGAGCUGUGACUGACAAGUGUCAUGGGUUGGAUGUUAUUUCUAGUUGCCUCUUCUCCCCUCAGGUCAGCUGUACAGUAUUGUUUCAUCAAUGAGUAAGGAGCACGUUCUAUCAGCCGGGUUUGACAUAAACAUCCCAGACAACUUUGGAAGGACCUGUCUACACGCUGCUGCCUCUGGAGGGUAAGACACAGAAUCGCACUCCAAAACUGGACCUAUUCUGAACCAUUGUAUUGGUUAAUACAAUCUAAUGAGUCAGUCAUUCUCAUCAUGGUAUUCCUCACUUCUCCUCUUCUGACAGAAAUGUUGAAUGUCUGAACAUGCUCUUAAGCAGUGGUACCGACUUGAAUCAGAGGGACAAGUCAGGAAGGUGAGUUUUUGCCACUGAUUAUUUGCUUUCUGUUUAUACUCAUGCUGGUGUGGGUAUGCGAUAAUGUUCGGUGGAAAAGUCAGUGAUUUAAGGUUGUUGGUUCACUGUAAAAGCUUUGGGACAACGGCUGAUGUAAAUAGUGCUUUAUAAAUGCAUUUGAUUAAUGGACUGAUAAUGAUUCUGUGGACCUUCUCUCUCUCUCUCUCGCUCAGGACUCCGUUGCAUUAUGCAGCUGCUAAUGGGAGGUACCAGUGCACCGUGACCUUAGUGAGCGCUGGCGCUGAGGUCAACGAGCCUGACCGUACAGGCUGUACUCCGCUGCACUACUCUGCUGCCUCCCAGGCCUUCUGCAGGUAGGAACUCACGCUUGCACUCCAUCGCAACAUACACUGACACAUGACAACACGCGUUCAGGAAACAUGGCUAUGUGUUGAAUUUGUCAUUAAAUGUGUUAAUUCUGCACUUCCAGAAUGGACCGACAUUUCCCUGGGACUCUUCAAAGGGAGGAGGAUGGAGCGAAGGAGUCCUAUUUGUGAGUUUGCAACCAUUUUAUUUUGUAUAGCGUCUACAGUCCAGAAUAAUAUAUAAAAAAAAAAAAAAUGCUAAUUCAAGAUCUGCUUAAAGGACUCCAAAGAGAUUUUGUUUAUUUCAUGACAACUACUUGACUGUUGUUGCUUUUUUCUGUCUUUGUAAGUAGUUGCUUGGAGCAUCUGUUGGACAACGGUGCCGACCCAUCCCUGGUCAACUCUAAAGGUUACAGUGCUGUUCACUAUGCUGCUUCCCACGGCAACAAGCAGAACCUUGAACUGGUGAGUCCUUCUGUUUGUGUUCAAUACCCUACCAAGCUAAACAGGUGAAUUGUUUUUCAUCAUGACCUUGCUGUGUGUGUGGACAGUAAUGCAUCAUGACUGUUCUUUUAGCUCCUGGAAAUGUCGUUUAACGCAUUGGGAGACAUUGAGAGCAGUAUUCCAGUGAGUCCAUUGCAUUUAGCUGUAAGUGCGCCUUUCCUAAAAUCCUCUCUGAUACAUCAUAGCUUGAGACUGAGUAUGUGUGGAGAAGAUGCCAUGUUCAUAUAGAUUAGCCAAAAACAUGACUGUUCCCUGUUGUAUCCCAUCUCCUCUCCCCCUUCAGGCUGAUAAUGGCCACUGGCAGGCGCUGCGUGUGCUGACGGAGACUGCUGCAUACGUGGACGUGCAGGAUGCUUCGGGCCGCUCUGUGCUUUACCUGGCCUCCCAGAGAGGUUACGCUCGCUGUGUAGAGGUCCUGCUGGCCCAGGGGGCCUCCUGCCUCCUCAACGAGAACAGACACAUGUGGACCCCUCUACAUGUCGCAGGUACGGAUCACUCCAUGCCUCUCUAACCCCCCCCUCCUCCUAGAAUUGGAUGUGGGAUGCAUUUUUGCAAAGCAUGCUAAUCAAAUUAGUUUGUUUAUUUGCCAGGUGUAAUGAAUACAUUGGAUAUCUUACUUGCAAGCAUGUGUUGCUGCGUAUUGUUCGAUAUUGUCUGUUUUAGGUACUACAGUGCCUUGCAACAGUAUUCAUCCUCCUUGGUGUUUUUCCUAUUUUGUUGCAUUACAACCUGUAAUUUAAAUGGAUUUUUAUUUGGAUUUUAUGUAAUGGACAUACACAAAAUAGUCAAAAUUGGUGAAGUGAAAUGAAAAAAAUAACUUGUUUAAAAAAAUUCUAAAAAAUAAAUAACGGAAAAGUGGUGCAUGCAUACAGUGGGGAGAACAAGUAUUUGAUACACUGCCGAUUUUGCAGGUUUUCCUACUUACAAAGCAUGUAGAGGUCUGUCAUUUUUAUCAUAGGUACACUUAAACUGUGAGAGACGGAAUCUAAAACAACAAUCCAGAAAAUCACAUUGUAUGAUUUUUAAGUAAUUCAUUUGCAUUUUAUUGCAUGACAUAAGUAUUUGAUCACCUACCAACCAGUAAGAAUUCCGGCUCUCACAGACCUGUUAGUUUUUCUUUAAGAAGCCCUCCUGUUCUCCACUCAUUACCUGUAUUAACUGCACCUGUUUGAACUCGUUACCUGUAUAAAAGACACCUGUCCACACACUCAAUCAAACAGACUCCAACCUCUCCACAAUGGCCAAGACCAGAGAGCUGUGUAAGGACAUCAGGGAUAAAAUUGUAGACCUGCACAAGGCUGGGAUGGGCUACAGGACAAUAGGCAAGCAGCUUGGUGAGAAGGCAACAACUGUUGGCGCAAUUAUUAGAAAAUGGAAGAAGUUCAAGAUGACAGUCAAUCACCCUCGGUCUGGGGCUCCAUGCAAGAUCUCACCUUCAAUGAUCAUGAGGAAGGUGAGGGAUCAGCCCAGAACUACACGGCAGGACCUGGUCAAUGACCUGAAGAGAGCUGGGACCACAGUCUCAAAGAAAACCAUUAGUAACACACUACGCCGUCAUGGAUUAAAAUCCUGCAGCGCACGCAAGGUCCCCCUGCUCAAGCCAGCGCAUGUCCAGGCCCGUCUGAAGUUUGCCAAUGACCAUCUGGAUGAUCCAGAGGAGGAAUGGGAGAAGGUCAUGUGGUCUGAUGAGACAAAAAUAGAGCUUUUUGGUCUAAACUCCACUCGCCAUGUUUGGAGGAAGAAGAAGGAUGAGUACAACCCCAAGAACACCAUCCCAACUGUGAAGCAUGGAGGUGGAAACAUCAUUCUUUGGGGAUGCUUUUCUGCAAAGGGGACAGGACGACUGCACCGUAUUGAGGGGAGGAUGGAUGGGGCCAUGUAUCAUGAGAUCUUGGCCAACAACCUCCUUCCCUCAGUAAGAGCAUUGAAGAUGGGUCGUGGCUGGGUCUUCCAGCAUGACAACGACCCGAAACACACAGCCAGGGCAACUAAGGAGUGGCUCCGUAAGAAGCAUCUCAAGCUCCUGGAGUGGCCUAGCCAGUCUCCAGACCUGAACCCAAUAGAAAAUCUUUGGAGGGAGCUCAAAGUCCGUAUUGCCCAGCGACAGCCCUGAAACCUGAAGGAUCUGGAGAAGGUCUGUAUGGAGGAGUGGGCCAAAAUCCCUGCUGCAGUGUGUGAAAACCUGGUCAAGACCUACAGGAAACGUAUGAUCUCUGUAAUUGCAAACAAAGGUUUCUGUACCAAAUAUUAAGUUCUGCUUUUCUGAUCAAAUACUUAUGUCAUGCAAUAAAAUGCAAAUUAAUUAUUUAAAAUCAUACAAUGUGAUUUUCUGGAUUUUUGUUUUAGAUUCCGUCUCUCACAGUUGAAGUGUACCUAUGAUAAAAAUGACAGACCUCUACAUGCUUUGUAAGUAGGAAAACCUGCAAAAUCGGCAGUGUAUCAAAUACUUGUUCUCCCCACUGUAUACACACACAAAAGGCAUGUGGGAGACUCCCCAAACAUAUGGAAGAAGGUUACUCUGGUCAGAUGAGACUAAAAUUGAGCUUUUUGGCCAUCAAGGAAAACACCAUGUCUGGCGCAAACCCAACACCUCUCAUCACCCCGAGAACACCAUCCCCACAGUGAAGCAUGGUGGUGGAAGCAUCAUGCUGUGGGGAUGUUUUUCAUCGGCAGGGACUGGGAAACUGGUCAGAAUUGAAGGAAUGAUGGAUGGCGCUAAAUACAGGGAAACCUGUUUCAGUCUUCCGGAGAUUUGAGACUGGGACGGAGGUUCACCUUCCAGCAGGACAAUGAACCUAAGCAUACUGCUAAAGCAACACUUGAGUGGUUUAAGGGGAAACAUUUAAAUGUCUUGGAAUGUCCUAGUCAAAGCCCAGACCUCAAUCCAAUUGAGAAUCUGUGGUAUGACUUAAAGAUUGCUGUACACCAGCAGAACCCAUCCAACUUGAAGGAGCUGGAGCAGUUUUGCCUUGAAGAAUGGGCAAAAAUCCCAGUGGCUAGAUGUGCCAAGCUUAUAGAGACAUACCCCAAGAGACUUGCAGCUGUAAUGUACGCUCAAGUUUUCUGUUUUUUUGUCUUAUUCUUGUUUGUUUCACACAAAAAAAUAUUUUGCAUCUUCAAAGUGGUAGGCAUGUUGUGUAAAUCAAAUGAUACAAACCCUCAAAAAAUCCAUUUUAAUUCCAGGUUGUAAGGCAACAAAAUAGGAAAAAUGCCAAGGGGGUUGAGUGCUUUCGCAAGCCACUGUACGUAAUAGGUUAAAACAAAAGCAGUCAAGAUUGAAUGUGUAAUUAAAUUAUAUUUGUCAUUUCAUAUCAGCUGCCAACGGCCACACUGAAUGUCUGCAAAUGCUGGUGGACAGUGGGGAGGAGGCAGACCUUACCAACAUCACAGACACACAGGAACAGUGAGUGGUCUGUUUCUCACUGCCUGCCGGGAAGCUUUGUUGACGUUCUCUUUGGUUGCGAUGUCAAUUAUUAUGUUAUUUAUUUUUAGUAUAGAUCCAGAGUCAAGAGUACUGUUUAGGCUGUUUACUGAAGAUUUGCAGAAUCACACGUUCUGCCUGCUAGGAAGCGUUAUUGUUGACGUCGGCUUUUAUUUUAAUUUAAAUGACUGUGUGGGGUCCUCCUCCUCAGGACUCCUCUGAUGCUGGCCAUCCUGGGUGGCCAUACAGACUGUGUCCACCUGCUGUUGGAGAAGGGGGCCUGGCCUGACGCCAAAGACAAGAGGGGCAGCACUGCCCUGCACAGAGGGGUGAGUCAAACUCCUAUAGGCUUUUCACACUACUGAGCGAAAAAGUACUGGGCUGGUUACUCAUCCAUUACACUUACUGAAACUGUGUCAUAUUGUACGGCCCUACACCUAGUCUGGCUGGUUCAGUUAUGUGAUAGAGAGGAACACUAACAUUAGUUUAGUAAAGGAACACUACAGCAUUAGUUUGAAAGAAUUAUUAAAGCACAGUAAAAGUUUAGGAAAUCUAGCUGUGAAAAGAACAGCAUCUUCCUCCCUGUGUGUCCCUGUCCUGUAGGCUGUGUUAGGCCGUGACGACUGUGUCACAGCCAUGCUGGACCACAAGGCAUCUGCACUGUGUCGGGACGGCCAGGGUCGUACCCCCCUGCACUACGCUGCCUCCCGCGGCCACACUGACAUCCUCGCCAGUCUGCUGCGUGCCGCCAUGCGCUCCAACCCUCUGGACUCCCUAUUGGACCAGGAAGAGUACACGCCAUCACACUGGGCUGCUUACCAAGGUCAGCAUUCAGUAAGGGUGUACAGUGCCUUUCGAAAGUAUUCAUACCCGUUGACUUAUUCCACAUUUUGUUGUGUUACAGCCUGAAUUCAAAAUGGAUUAAGUUGAUUUUACACACAAUAACCCAUAAUGACAAAGUGAAAACAUGUUUUUUGAAUUUCUAGCGAAUGUAUUGAAAAAGAAAUACAGAUGUAUCUAAUUUACGUAAGUAUUCAAACCCCUAAGUCAAUUCAUGUAAGAAUCACCUUUGGCAGCGAUAAUAACUGAGUUGUUUUGGGUAAGUGUCUUAACAGCUUUGCACACCUGGAUUGUACAAUAUUCCUUCUUUUCACUCUGUCGUUUAGGUUAGUAUUGUGGAGUAACUACAAGGUUGUUGAUCCAUCCUCAGUUUUCUCCUAUCACAGCCAUUAAACUCUAACAGUUUUUUAAAGUCACCAUUGGCCUCAUGGUGAAAUCCCUAAGCGGUUUCCUUCCUCUCUGCCAAUUUAGUUAGGAAGGACGCUUGUAUCUUUGUAGUGACUGGGUGUAUUGAUACACCAUCCAAAGUGUAAUUAACUUCACCAUGCUCAAAGGGGAUUCAAUAUCUGCUUUUAAAAAACAUUUACCCAUCAACCAAUAGGUGCCCUUUUUUGCGAGGCAUUGGAAAACCUCCCUGGUCUUUGUGGUUGAAUCUGUUUUGAAAUUCACUACUCGACUGAGAGUCCAUGUGACUUAUUAAGCAAAUUAUUACUCUUGAACUUAUUUAGGCUUGCCAUAACGAAGGGGCUGAAUACUUAUUGACUCAAGACGUUUCAGCUUUUAAUUUUUUUCUUAUUUGUUAAAAACAAUUCUAAAAACAUAGUUCCACUUUGACAUUAUGGGGUAUUUAUUGUGUGUAGACCAGUGACACACAAGCUCAUUUUAAAUGCAGGCUGUAACACAACAAAAUCUGAAGGCACUGCAUAUGAAAUGUACGUAUAAAUAGAAUGUGAUGAGAAACCUAUUUCCGUUUUGUAGUGUGACUGUUCGUUAUCCAAAUGAAAUGGCUACCAGUAUGCAACUUUGAAACACACUUUUCUUCUUUCUCCUAUAAGGGCAUGAAGACUGUUUGGAGGUUUUACUUGAACACAAAACUUGUAGUAUCCAGGAGGGAAACUCCUUUACCCCAUUGCACUGUGCUCUGUGAGUGUUCUCUAAUCAAUGUUUUAAACAUGGUUAUACAGGUAACUGCCAAAAGAAGGGAAAACUUGAGUAAAUGAGGGAUACAAAGUAUAUUGAAAACAGGUGCUUCCACACAGGUGUAGUUCCUGAGUUAAUUAAGCAAUUAACAUCCCAUCAUGCUUAGGGUCAUGUAUAAAAUGCUAGGCAGGCCAUUCUUUUCAAGUAUCGGUAACUGCAUACGUGGAGUGUCUAAGUGGGCGUUGCAAAACAAGUGGGAGGAUAAAUACCAGUGGGUGUGUCAACCUUACAGCUAAUUGGGCAGGUUGGUUGUCCCUCAAGACUGUUUUACGUGGCUGCUUCCUUGUUGCAUUUUAGCUAGGCAGGUUAGGAUCAUUAACGUGGCAGGUUAGGAUAACUAACAUAGCAGGUUAGGAGAAUUGACGUGGCAGGUUAGGAGAAUGAGGAUAAGGUUGGGAAAAGGGUUAGGCUUAGCUAAAAUGCUACAAGGAAGCAGAAGGCAGCCACACAACUGUAUUGAGUGACAACCAAUCUUCCCAAUUAGCUGUUAGGUUUCCAUACACCCACUUGUGUUGAUCCUCUCACUUUCAGACAGACUCUACGUAUGUUACCCAUGACUCAUUAUUUUGUCUACCAUGGCUAUGCCUCACUAGGGUGACAAUGACCCCAUCCACAGGGCAUGAGUGGUCACUGAAUGGUUUGAUGAGCAUGAAAAUGACAAACCAUAUGCAUGGCCGUCUGUCACCAGAUCUCAACCCAAUUGAAUACUUAUGGGAGAUUCUGGAGCGGCGCCUGAGACAGCGUUUUCCACCACCAUUAACAAAACACAAAAUUAUGGAAUUUCUCGUGGAAGAAUGGUGUUGCGUCCCUCCAAUAGAGUUCCAGACACUUGUAGAAUCUAUGCCAAGGCGCAUUGAAGCUGUUCUCGCGGCUCGUGGUGGCCCAACGCCCAAUUAAGACACUUUAUGUUGGUGUUUCCUUUAUUUUGUCAGUUACCUGUACAUUAUUACGACAAUGUCUGUAAAACAGUGUUUGGGAAAGGAUCAUUGAUAAUGGGUUUGAUGUUUUAUCACUAAUGUGGUCAUGUUUCCUAUGAGUUGGUGGUUAUCUUUGAUUUAUGUGACAUUGCAGAAUGAAUGGCCAUAGUGGAGCUGCAGAGAUGCUGUUGGAAUCUGCUGGCAUACAGAUGGUUAACACCAGGGAUACUAAAGAAAGGUAGGUCUAUUGAGAGCAAGGUGCCAUUAUCUUACUAAAUGUUUACUUGGGUGUCUCCUGUGUCAUUGGUAUGCCUUUAAAGCUGGACCUCUGCACUUAAUGUGUUUCAUCCAGUUUUAACUUCUGUUUCAUUGUAAUGCAAUACUGAGCUCACCAAUGUUGGGCUGUCUCUCUGUGCCUGUAGGACCCCUCUUCACGCCGCAGCGUGUGCUGAGGAUGUGGCGGGGCUGCAGCUUGUCCUACGCCACGGAGCUGAGAUCAACGCCGUGGACCACACCGGACGCUCUGCUCUCAUGGUCGCCGCCGACAACGGACAGAGUGGCACCGUGGGUAAGUCUACAGAGCACCUUUUCAUUGAUGUUUUGCAAAAGGAUAAGAGUUCAGCAUGUUCUCUCCCUUCAUCUAAGUCCUAUGAAGAACAAUGAACUAACACUUGAUUGGAGUGAAUGCAUUAUCUGUUGGGAUGAAUCCUGUGUAAUUUCCAGCUAUCCUCCUGCACCGAGCCAAGGCUGACCUUACACUGCUGGACGACAAUGGAAAUACUGCCCUGCAUCUGGCCUGCAGCAAGGUAAGGUAACUCCUCACAACAUCAUCAGCGCCUCUCUCAUGUCCUGAGAUGAAGGAACAAGUGCAUGUAUUGAUGAUGAUGGUUAAUGUAAGCAUGUUUUUGUAUCUGUAUCACAGGCUCAUGAGAUGUGUGCCCUGCUGAUUCUGGGGGAGAUCCAUAACCCUACCCUCAUCAAUGCAACCAACGCUGCACUGCAAAUGCCGCUGCAUCUAGCAGCACGCAACGGUCUGGCCACUGUGGUCCAGGCACUGCUGAGUCGAGGAGCCACAGUGCUGGCAGUGGAUGAGGAGGGUAAGAGAGACACUAUUCCACUUUAUCCUUUCCCCAAACCUCAUCUUCAUUUUAACAUCUUAAAGUCCUACACCGUGUAGCCUAAUGCUAUGGGCUUGGGCUCGAGAAAUGAUUUGUAAUUGAUUUCAGAUUUUUUUGUUACUUACUUAAUGUAAAACUUUUUAUUUGCUUCAAUCACUGAACACAACAGGUGCUUAUUAUAGACUGGCUUCUAUUUGAGCCAGGCGUCUAUUUCCUUAAUGCAUAGUUAAUUCGAGCAUUUUAAUAAAUUGUUUUAUUUACUGUACUAAUGUGUUAUCAUUUACACGCUGUCCCAUUUUAUAUUGUCUUAGAAUGCCUCUAAAAAAUAUAAAAAACACUUUUCGCAUUUUCAGCAGUUCUUACUUUUUGGCUGAUUUUUCUAGGGGUCUGUACUCCCGAAGUUGUUGACUGUUUGUGUUUGCCAGUUAGCUAGCUGUUCUCAGCUGUUAGCAGCCAAUGGCUAGCAGUUUCUUACUGGCGAUAGAAAAGCAUGAUUGCUAUCAUUUGUUUGAGUCAUUACUGAAUUAUUUAAUGUAACAAAUCAAACAUUAAACCUCGUAAACAAUUUAUUUAGACCCAACUUUUAUUUAAAAUAGGCGUUUAUUUGCUGAAAUGUGCCGUUGCCAGGCAAUUAAAAGGGACAGGCGGCUAUUUGACACAGCGUUUAAUUGAAGUUUUACGGUUCUUACUUAUUUAGGUAUUUUAAUCUUCCUUGAGCAUAGGCCAUAGACAACAGCUUUCCAGUGUAUCCAGUCUGAUUGUGCGUUUAUGUUGUCGACAAGGCCACACUCCAGCCCUGGCCUGCGCCCCCAACAAGGAUGUAGCUGACUGCCUGGCUCUGAUCCUCUCCACCAUGAAGCCUUUCCCUCCUCUGGACCCUUCCUCCUGCCCCUGCUCCUCUUCCUCCGUCUCUGUCUCCCCCGGUCUCAACCUACUGAAGCAUUGCGGCAUCACCGCUGCCUGCACGCCGCUGCCCAACGGAGGCCUCCACCAUCACCACGGCUACGUCAAGGACCGCCAUGCCGCUGUCGGCCUGGACGGGUGCCUUUCUGAGUGA